AUGUUGUAUUGCUUAUGGAAGAGCAAGCGGGGGUAUCGGAUUGAAGACUCCUUACAUGAAAUGGGAUUGCGAGUUGGUUAUAAGCUAAACGAGUACCUUCCAUACAAGAAUAAAACGAAGAGGUGUGUAAGCAUUAUAAGCAUUUUGACCUUCCUGUCUAAGCACUUGUGGAAGUAUUUAUUUCAACACUCUUCAGAUUUGCUCAAGUCACAAGAUAGCAUAUAUGAGUACAUGCUUUGCGACAAGAACAUUUUACUAAACAGGUUUAUUAGCGUACCCAAGGACUACGGAAAUAUAAAUUGCGCUUCCUUUGCAGCUGGCAUUGUUGAGGGGAUGCUGUGCAGCUCUGAGUUCCAGGCAGAGGUGACUGCACACACGGUGUAUGAGGACGCCAAGAAUUUUAACACCACCAUUUUUAUUAAGUUUUAUCCGGAGGUGGUGGACAGGGAGAAGAGUCACUGA